UUUGCUGGCUCCAGUUUUUCCGCGGGGCGGAAAAGGUAUGUCUGCGUGUGUCCCAACCAUUUCUAGUCCCCUUUCCUUGCAGGACCUCAUGAGUAAGCUGUGGCGGCGUGGGAGCACCUCUGGGGCUAUGGAGGCCCCUGAGCCGGGAGAAGCCCUGGAGUUGAGCCUGGCGGGUGCCCAUGGCCAUGGAGUGCACAAGAAAAAACACAAGAAGCACAAGAAGAAACACAAGAAGAAACACCAUCAGGAAGAAGACGCCGGGCCCACGCAGCCGUCCCCUGCCAAGCCCCAGCUCAAACUCAAAAUCAAGCUUGGGGGACAAGUCCUGGGGACCAAGAGUGUUCCUACCUUCACUGUGAUCCCAGAGGGGCCUCGCUCACCCUCUCCCCUUAUGGUUGUGGAUAAUGAAGAGGAACCUAUGGAAGGAGUCCCCCUUGAGCAGUACCGUGCCUGGCUGGAUGAAGACAGUAAUCUCUCUCCCUCUCCACUUCGGGACCUAUCAGGAGGGUUAGGGGGUCAAGAGGAAGAGGAGGAACAGAGGUGGCUGGAUGCCCUGGAGAAGGGGGAGCUGGAUGAUAAUGGAGACCUGAAGAAGGAGAUCAAUGAGAGGCUGCUUACUGCUCGACAGCGAGCUCUGCUCCAGAAGGCGCGGAGUCAGCCUUCCCCGAUGCUGCCGCUGCCUGUGGCUGAGGGCUGUCCAGCUCCUGCCCUCACAGAGGAGAUGCUGCUGAAGCGCGAGGAGCGGGCGCGUAAGCGGCGGCUCCAGGCGGCGCGGCGGGCAGAAGAGCACAAGAACCAGACUAUCGAGCGCCUCACCAAGACUGCGGCGACCAGCGGGCGGGGAGGCCGGGGAGCCGCACGGGGCGAGCGGCGGGGAGGGCGGGCUGCGGCUCCGGCUCCCAUGGUGCGCUACUGCAGCGGAGCACAGGGUUCCACCCUUUCCUUCCCACCUGGCGUGCCCGCCCCCACGGCGGUGUCUCAGCGGCCAUCUCCCUCAGGCCCGCCUCCGCGCUGCUCUGUCCCCGGCUGUCCCCAUCCGCGCCGCUACGCUUGCUCUCGCACCGGCCAGGCACUCUGCAGUCUUCAGUGCUACCGCAUCAACCUGCAGAUGCGGCUGGGGGGGCCCGAGGGCCCUGGAUCCCCCCUUUUGGCUACGUAAGGCCCUUACCUAACCUGGACUCUGCGCCCUGUCCAAUGCCCGCUCUUGAGUGUCUUCCCCACCCUAUUAAAUUUCAUCCGGUGCUUUGGCUUGUACAGAACUGGGGGAGUGGGAUGUUGUGGGCAGACCAGUCUCCGGUAUACACAUAUUUUGCCCCUGUCGGAGCUUGCGUCGAUGCCUGGGGCUUGGAAAGCACCGCAAGAAACCGGGCUGGUUUGCGCCCAGAGUCGGACCGACUUUUGGGACCCCACCUCUUACAGGCGGGAUUACCUGGCGGUCUCCGGCAUUUGGCGUCAUUCUGAAGACAUGGCGCAAGCCAAUCAGCGGUAACCUUGGUCUUCGGGGCGGCUGUUCGUUGGUUGAUAUGCCAGAGCCUGUUCUGCUGUCUGUAUUGGCUAUUGCCGCUGUCAGUCAGGGCCGUGGGUCGAACCUUCCCCUACUCUUUGUCUGUACAAGCUCUUGUUGUCUGGGAGAGCGGUGAAGGCGCUGCUGUGGAUUGGUCACAGGGAGAAACCUCUUAUCUGUUCCUAUUGGCCUGUCCGUCAAGGGACGAUGCUGAUUGGUAGGGCAGAGCAAUCUGAGUCCUAGUUGGUGGAGUUCUCCCCGGAUGGAAGCUUAGGCCGCGUAGUGAUGGUGGCGGCAGCGAAGAUGGGCCGGGCAGGGACCAUGGCGGUGGCAGCAGAGGUGGCAGGGGCGGGGCGGCUGGCGGUAAAGGAGGCUGUGGUCCUCAGGGGGCUGUAGGUGGAGGCAUGGCUCGGGCCAGCAGCGGGAACGGCAGCGAGGAGGCCUGGGGGGCACUUCGGGCAUCGCAGCAGCAGGUAUCCCAACAGCUCCAAAGCCUGUCACGACAGCCAUUUGUCUUUCCCCUUUCCUUGUCCCUUCCUUUUGGGGGUGGGGGAGGAACUCACGGAGCCAAAGGUACUGUGAAGUUCCUAAAUAUGUCCCACUCUUUGUCUAAACUUUGUAACGUAGAUGCAGCAGACUUUUCCUGUAGCCUCAUAGACCCCAUCCCAUGGCUGCAGUGGAAGCUUGCGGUGGCUCUCCAGUGACCAGAGGCAUAGUGAGGCAGGCCCCAGGGAGGCUCCCUCUGUCUUGCAACAGUUAUUUGUGAUCUUUUUCUGUGUGCCUGUUGUCACAACAGAGUCCGGCAGCGUCUUCUCUUGAGGGAGCAAUUUGGAGAAGAGCUGGAACCCAGACUUGCGCCCUGGAUGCCAUCCUUUAUCAUCCACAGCUUCCCAUCUGGUUGGGAGCACUGCUCUGGGUCUCACACUGCCCCUCCUCUGUCCUAGGGAGCCUGAGGCCCAGGGGUGGAAAGAUCCAGUUGGGGGUGGGGGUAGUGAACCGCGCAGGAUAAUGAAAGCAACUUGCUUUGGAAAUGACCUUCCCUUGCCCGUUGUCUGAGACUAAGAUUAUCUCAGACUGUCUUCUGGCUUCUGCCAAAACACUCCCUUAACAGAAAGCACCGGGGGGAUGGGGGUAGGGGGGUUGGGGAGGGUGAGGCUUGAGUGUGAAGGAAGUCUCAUAUAUGCAGACCUGAAAUCUCCCUCUUUGUAUGUCCAAACUUUUGUCUUGUUCUCUAGACUGAUUCUUGCUAUUCCAAAUCCUCUUCCACGUUGACAGCCCUUCAGAUAUUUCAACACUCCUCUCAGCAUCCUCCACUUCCCCCAUCUCUCCAAGCUGAACUUGGUUCACAGGGUGGGAUUGUGUAUGUGCAUGCAAGAGGUGGGGGUGGACAGUGCCCUGCGCUGGAAUCCCCCUUAGUUCUAAGUGCCUCCUUGCCCCCAGCUUCGAGAGCUGUGCCCAGGAGUGAACAACCAGCCCUACCUCUGUGAGAGUGGUCACUGCUGUGGGGAGACUGGCUGCUGCACCUACUACUAUGAGCUCUGGUGGUUCUGGCUGCUCUGGACUGUCCUCAUCCUCUUUAGCUGCUGUUGCGCCUUCCGCCACCGACGAGCUAAACUCCGGCUGCAACAACAGCAGCGGCAGCGUGAAAUCAACUUGUUGGCCUACCAUGGGGCAUGCCAUGGGGCUGGUCCUUUCCCUACUGGUUCACUGCUUGACCUUCGCCUCCUCAGCACCUUCAAGCCCCCAGCCUACGAGGAUGUGGUUCACCGCCCAGGCACACCACCCCCCGCUUAUACUGUGGCCCCAGGCCUCCCCUUGACUGCUUCCAGCGAACAAACCUGGUGUUCCUCCUCAUCCAGCUGCCCUGCCCACUUCGAAGGAACAAAUGUGGAAGGUGUUUCCUCCCACCAGAGUGCCCCCCCUCAUCAGGAGGGUGAGCCUGGGGCAGGGGUGAGCCCUGCCCCCACACCCCCCUCCUGUCGCUAUCGCCGUUUAACUGGUGACUCCGGUAUUGAGCUCUGCCCUUGUCCUGCCUCCGGUGAGGGUGAGCCAGUCAAGGAGGUGAGGGCUAGUGCCACCCUGCCAGAUCUGGAGGACUAUUCCCCUUGUGCACUGCCCCCAGAUUCUGUACUGCAGGUCUCUCCCAUGGGGCUGUCCUCCAGUGAAGGGGACAUCCCAUAAGUAGUUCUGAGAGGGUGGGUGGGUGGGUUACUUGCCCACCAGAAACAGCCCUAGUCCCACCUCCUUGCAUUCCCUUUGGCCCCUUCCUGCCUACCUAGAAUCUGCCUGAAAGGGCUGGAGCCCUGAGGAGAGGGGCAGUAUUUGGGGGACUGUGCUAGCUUUACCCCCACAAGACAUCAAGACAUAUACACAGGAGCCUUUGAUCUCAUUAAAGAGAUUUGAACCAGC